AUGGUUACUGUGAGAACAAUCAUAAGCAUAACAACCUCUAGAGGAUGGAAUCUGUUUCAAAUGGAUGUCAAUAAUGCUUUUUUGCAGGGGGAUCUUUAUGAAGAUGUUUAUAUGGAUCUUCCUCAAGGGUAUCAUCAGAGUGCUUAUGAUCAUUCACUCUUCACUAAGAAUACAAACUCUGACAUUGUUGUUGUCUUAGUGUAUGUGUAUGACUUGCUCAUUACUAAGAGCAAUGCAGAAUUGAUAGAUGAAGCCAAACAUACACUACACAAUUCCUUUAAAGUUAAGGAUAUAGGGGAGCUGAGAUAUUUCCUUAGUAUUAAGGUUCUAAGAUCAAAGAAAGGGAUCCUGCUCACACAGAAGAAGUAUGCCCUUCAUUUGAUAUCAGAAGUUGGGCUUGCAGGAGCUAAAUCAAUCUCCAUCCCAAUAGAGCUUAACCAUAAGUUAAACACUAUUGAAUAUGACAAACAUGUAGGGGUGAAUGUGGAUGAAGAAUUAGAAGACAUAAGGAGCUAUCAAAGACUCAUUGGCAAACUGCUCUACUUAACCAUCACCAGACCAGAUCUUAGUUUUGUAGUCCAUGUACUCAGUCAGUUCAUGCAGCAUCCCAAACAAUCUCAUUGGGAUGCAGCAUUGCGAGUGGUGACAUAUGUAAAGUCAGUACCAGGUCUUGGUAUUUUGCUGAGCACAGGGCCUAUAGAUACAUUGUCUACUUAUUGUGAUUCAGACUGA